AUGAAGUAUCUCGUUAUUGCUGGCUUCCUGGCCGCCCAAGCGGCUGCGCUGAGGCAUGUCAUGUAUGUUGACCAAUGGCACCAUUCCAAUCUUCCAUCCAGCGACCUCGUGUCGUCGGUGACACAUGCUAUCAUGGCAUUUGCGCCGUCUGAUAAUUUCCACAGCGGAAGCACAUUCACGCCAUUUGAAUCAAUUGCCACAUUCAGAGCACGGUUCCCAAGCACCACGAAGAUCUUGGUUGCUAUUGGAGGUUGGGGUUACAACGCUGGUUUCUCUGCCGCCGUGUUGAGCGAGACAUCGCGCUCUACCUAUGCGCAAAAUGUUGCAGCCAUGCUGGAGUCGACAGGCCUUGAUGGCGUUGAUAUCGACUGGGAAUAUCCCGGCGGAAAUGGAGCAGACUACAAAUCCAUUCCCAACUCGCAGCGUGCUGACGAAGUGACGACUUUCCCCCUCCUCAUCAGAGCUAUUCGUGACGCUAUUGGUAACGACAAGAUUCUGUCCCUCGCAGCACCUGGACUCAGGCGUGACAUGAUGGGAUUCACCUCGGAUACUGGUCCUGCCGUUUUCGACGUCGUCGACAUGGUCAACAUCAUGACCUACGAUUUGAUGAAUCGUCGCGACAAUGUCACUAAACACCAUACUUGUAUUAAAGACUCUUUGGAGACUGUAAACAACUAUCUCGGCAUUGGCAUGAACGCAACAAAGGGAAAUCUGGGUAUUGCAUUCUACGCCAAAUACUUUACCACCGACCCUUCAUCUGAUUGUGCUACCACCCCAAUCGGUUGUGCAACUGUAUUGCUUGAAGAUGCUAAUGGCCAAGACACUGGAAAGUCUGGUGCAGUUACCUUCGAGACUAACCCCGAGGUUUCGAGCUCCUCUAUUACAUCUUCGUGGAGUAAGGCAAAAUCCAACGGCCUUACUGACGAGGAUGCUGGUGGGCAGUAUUACUGGGACAGAGAUUCACAGCUCUUCUGGACUUGGGAUACCCCUGAGUUGAUAACCCGAAAAUUCACUGAGAUUAUUGCAGCGACUGGUCUGGGCGGUGUCAUGGCAUGGAGCUUGGGUGAAGACAGUAUUGAUUGGAAUGCACUGAAGGCUAUCAACUCUGGUGUUGCAGCUGCUCAGUAG